GCUUUUGCUCUACCUGGCCUUCGAGGUGAAGGUUCUUCAAGAGCUACCAGCACCACCCCUCAAGGAAGUAGAAUGGUUGGUGAGGACUGUCAACUGAGAAGGAAUGAUCCGUGUGUUCGUCCUUGAUUCUAGCUUUGGUUUCUCUUCUGGUGGAGAUUAAAGAUGAUUGCAAUUCCAUACUUGACGGCAUUGAGCACCUACUUUAGCUAUGGUCUGCUCUUUGCCUUCGGUCAAAUCAGAGAUUUCUUCAGGAAACUUUUGGACUGGUGCAGCUCUAACAACCUUCAGGGUUACGCGCCGAUAUGUUUAGGACUCGAAGAUUUUUAUAUUCGUCGACUGUAUCUUCGUAUUCAGGAUUGCUUUGGAAGACCAAUAUCUAGUGCUCCUGAUGCGUGGUUUGAUGUAGUGGAGCGCUACUCCAACGAUAAUAACAAGACCCUGAAACGAACGACAAAAGUAAGCAGAUGCCUUAACUUGGGAUCGUACAACUAUCUUGGUUUUGCUGCGUCAGAUGAAUAUUGUACACCCAGAGCAAUUGAGUCACUGAAAAAGUAUUCUGCAAGCACAUGCAGUAGUCGGGUGGAUGGGGGCACUACUGCACUGCACAAUGAAUUGGAGACAUGUGUCGCCAACUUUGUUUGUAAGCCAGCUGCUAUAGUUUUUGGAAUGGGCUAUGCCACCAACUCUGCUGUUCUUCCAGUUCUGAUGGGGAAGGGAAGUUUGAUCAUCAGUGAUUCAUUGAACCACAACUCCAUUGUUAAUGGUGCACGUGGUUCUGGAGCUACUAUUCGUGUUUUCCAGCACAAUACUCCAUCUCAUCUUGAAGAGGUUUUGAGAGAACUAAUUGCUGAGGGACAGCCAAGGACCCACAGGCCCUGGAAGAAGAUAAUUGUUAUUGUGGAGGGGAUAUACAGCAUGGAAGGAGAGAUAUGUAAACUUCCAGAGAUCAUAGCUAUCUGCAAAAAAUACAAGGCGUACACAUAUUUGGAUGAGGCACACAGCAUUGGGGCCGUGGGCAAAACUGGAAGAGGUGUCUGUGAGCUCUUAGGUGUGGAUACUGCUGAUGUUGACAUCAUGAUGGGGACAUUCACCAAGUCGUUUGGAUCAUGUGGAGGCUAUAUUGCAGGGUCUAAGGAGCUUAUCCAGUACCUGAAGUACACUUGCCCUGCUCAUCUUUAUGCUACUUCAAUUUCACCUCCAGCCGCGCAACAAAUUAUAUCUUCCAUAAAGGUUAUUCUCGGAGAGGAUGGUUCCAAUAGAGGUGCCCAAAAACUUGCACAAAUUCGUGAGAAUAGCAAUUUUUUCAGGUCAGAAUUGCAGAAGAUGGGAUUUGAGGUUCUUGGGGAUAAUGAUUCCCCUGUAAUGCCCAUCAUGCUUUACAACCCAGCCAAAAUCCCUGCCUUCUCUAGGGAGUGCCUAAAGCAGAAUGUUGCUGUUGUGACUGUGGCUUUUCCAGCAACCCCACUAUUGUUGGCAAGAGCCCGCAUAUGCAUAUCUGCUGCUCAUUCAAGAGAAGACCUUAUCAAAGCCUUGGAGGUUAUCAGUAAAGUUGGUGAUCUGGUGGGUGUAAAAUACUUCCCUGCUGAACCGGCGAAGCUGCAGCAGGGGGGAAGAACCAAGUUAGAUUGAGAGAGAAGGCAUGUUGCUCAAGCUCAUACUUACAAUAAGAGCCCACUUGAUUUGGACUGUAUGGUAUGCUUCAUGGUGUAAUGCCGUCAUUUUUAUGGGGUUGUUCUUUGACACAAAUGAAUCCUCGUGUUCUUUUGGGGGAGUUUCUAUUCAGUUGCAGUGGAUAGUAGGAACUUAGUCCCUGUUUUCUGCGUCUAUUCGUAAACUCCUUGAGUUCUGUCCUUAAGAUAGUAGAUACUUUUUUUUUUUUUUCAUUCUUAUAAUGCAAUCAGUUUUAAAUCAACUGAUGGGUGACCUGAAUUCAAAGUCGUCUUAUUUUGCUGAACCUCAAAAAGGGAAGGGUCUGCUUUGGGCCUGAAGAACGCGUUACAUAAGGUCAUUCUAUUACGAAUGUGCGGCUGUUGGAAAGAUCAUGUUUUAUUCUUCCGGUUGGCAGAUUAUUCCAUCCCUUUUCCCCCCAUAAUAGCCGGGAGAUUAGAUUCCAUUUUGUCAUGCGUGAGAAUGAGCCGACAGAAGCCAUAAUUAUCAUCGCAGCUUUUUUUU